UCAACAGCUAACACUCUAGGUCAUUGGCCGAUCGUGUCCAUUGCCCAGUUGCUCCCACCUUCCAACAGCCUCUUCUCUAAGACAUGAGCACCCACAGGCCUUUUGUUCCAAAAUUCCUCAGCUGUGAGAGCCACGGGGGUUGCAGUAAAGUAGUUGGAUAGGCAAAUGCCCAAGGUCAGCAAAGAGGAGAUCAGGAUAUAAAAGACCAGGCCAGGAGCCAGGACUCGCCCAGGGGGAGGUGCAGUUUUCUUGUUUGAUCGCAAAACACAGAGUUCCUUAAGGUGAGAACUGUACAGGUCCCAGCGGGUGACAACCCAUGCAAACCGUUUCCUGCACUCACUGAGACACUUGCACACCAGACUCUAGUUGGGCUUCUAGCAGCAUAAUAAGGUCUUGUCCCCGGGCUUGACCUCCAGCCCCAUUAAUAAUAUGCCUGCCCGAGAAAGUCCAACCCCUGACACUUUUAUUUAUUUAUUUAUUUAUUUAUUUUAAAAAGAGCAUUCGGGUAAAAGGGCUUAACAGUUGUGAAUGUGGUUUCUCUUACAGUCCCAAAGUGUCCCUCCAGGACUGGGAGCCAUUGCUUGGAAAUGUCGUCCCGAGGGCUAGGGCCUCUGUCUCUGAGUCUCUGGGGGAGGCUCCACCCUAACUUCGCUAAGUACCUUUAUCCCGACCAAAGCUUUGUAGUUUUUCACUUCCGACUCUGCUCGGCGCCCCCCGCCCCUACCUCCCCUACCUCCCCAUCCCCCCUUAAAAUGCCCCAAUCCCCUCUUCCCAAUUCCGAACGGACCGCAAGUCUUUCUCCUACCAGCAGCACUUACCGAGCAAAAUUUGUUUUCACCACCUUCCAAAUCGGAAAGGACCAGAGGGCACGGGUGGGGCCGCCCUGUGCGCGCUCUGCGGCGGCAGGAGGGGGCAAGGGCGCUCGCCCCGAGCACCGCACUCCGGGAGGCCCCAGCGCCACCCCUACCCCCACCCCCACCCCGGGUGUUCCUGCCAGUGUCACCCGGUUAGGCUACUCUGAAGCCCUCUGUGUCCCUUUUACUCCGUACGACCUCCUGGAGAACCAGCACCACGCUUCCUUACUAAGGCGGCUCCUGAGCGCUUCAGGUCCACCGGCAGGCAGACCUUUCCCGAGUUUUGCAGGACUAGAAGAUGAGUUUGAACAGGCGAGGGCAAAACGGGCUGACAUGUUCUUUUCGCCGAAAGGAAGGAAGACCCACAGAGGUCUGCAGACGUAUUCCGUGUGUUUCCAGUUACCAUCCCCACUCGUGGGGAUGAACACUGGCUGCUGCGUGGAGUUCUGCAACCACAAGCCUUGGCUCCUUUGAUGGAGCCAGCAUAUAGGUGACCCGAUGACCCACCACACAAAGGCUAUUUGUGACCAAAGGAAGCCACCCCCCAUGACUUGGCAGAACUAAGACUUUUAGAGAACCAUCCAGAGGGAUAGUUGAUGGACAUAUUUGAAGGCUUUCCUGCUAAAGGUAAGCUGGGAGAAAUUGACAGCAGUGUACCCGGAAGACCUCGGGUCCCCCACUGAUUUUCAUUAGUGGUCUGAUGAUUGAUAUUUCUCAAAAUGCACUUGGAUCCACUGUAACUGCUCUUACUCUAACCCUUGGUCUCAGCUCUCUUACUGAAAUAUCCAAACUCAAGUCAGGGAAUGCUGGUGGGAUUUAGGGGCAAACUUGCUCAAUUCUUAACAACAGCUACUCAGUGUUUGGUACAAUCUAGAGAAAGAUAAAGAAGAAAUUAAGGAAUUUAAAGCUGCUCUGUUGGAGUUUCCUGGUGGCUCAGUGUGUUAAGAAUCCAGCAUUGUUACCGGGGGUUUGGGAUGGUUGUGAUGA